AUGAAUAAUGGUAAUUGUUCAUUAUUAAAAACUGAAUUUGAAAAUUUCAAAAAUUCUAUAAUUAAUGAAGGGAUGGACGAAAUAGUCGGCAAGUGUUUUAACCAGGUUAAGGAAAAUAUAAAUUACUUAAAUGAAUUAAGCUUCGAGGAAAAUAUUAGUUCAUUAAACAAUGAAAGUGAAUUUGUUGAGAGAAAUUUCAAAAUUAAAGAAACUCAGCAUCUUUUCAAGUAUUGUAUUAUGUUAUUAGAAAAGGAAAACAAUUUGAAUCCACAUUAUAAACUAUUAUUGGAAAAUUUAUUAUUUCAUUUUCAGAAUAUUUUCUCUUCAGAAAGAUAUGAAAUUGAUGAUAGUUUAAGAGAUCAGCCUGAUAAGAACUGGAUGUCAAAAACCUCUUCUCAUUUCUCUUCUAUUUCUUCUUUCAUUCCCACCUCCCAAUAUAUACCUUUACCAGGUUUAGAGGAAUUAGAGAAGCAACUUCUAUAUGAACAAAACCAAGAGCUAAUUAAACUAAAGGAGUCUGCAAACGAGUUGAUGGAUAUUCAGAAGAUUCUAUUUAAUGAGAUAGUUAGUAAACAAGCAACUAUUGACGACAUUCAAGAUAAAAUCAAGGAAACAACUGUCAACACUGAUACUUUCCAUUUAAUGCACGAGAUCAAUAUAAUUUCUGAAGGGGAGAGAAGAAGAAGAGUUUCUAAAGUAGUUCUUUAUAUGAUAGUUUUUCUAAUACUAGUUAUCAUUAUUUUUAGAAUUAUUUUUUAA